GGCUAGCGGGCUAAGCUAGUCUCCGUCAGCAGGAGGCGUAGAAGACUGCAGACAACAAAAACAGGCAGUCACAUCAAAAGGCUGAAGCUUUCUUGUAGAAUUGGAGAAUCUUUGCUGAAGGAAAACUAUUAUUAAAAGGCAAGACGAUGUCCGAUUUUGACAGCAAUCCGUUCGCAGACCCGGAUUUCAGCAACCCUUUUCAGGACCCUUCAGUGACCCAAGUGACACGAUCUGCUCCUCCUGGUGGUUUGGAGGAGUAUAACCCUUUCACAGAUGCCAGAACGGCAGCACCGGGAAAUGCCCCCAAACCCACUCCUGCACCUUCCCAGAACACACAGCCUGCCAUCAUGAAGCCAACAGAAGAACCUCCAGCUUACUCACAGCACCAGACUCAGGACCAGGCACGUGCUCAGGCUGAGUUGUUGAGAAGGCAGGAGGAGUUGGAGAAGAAGGCUGCAGAGCUUGAUCGUCGAGAGAGGGAGUUACAAUCCCACGGAGUGGCAGGACGUAAGAACAACUGGCCUCCAUUACCAGAAAAGUUCCCAGUCGGCCCAUGUUUCUAUCACGAUAUUGCAGUGGACAUUCCUAUAGAGUUCCAGAAGACCGUCAAGAUUAUGUACAACAUUUGGAUGUUCCAUGCAGGCACGCUCUUUGUGAACAUGUUUGGCUGCCUGGCGUGGUUCAUUGUGGAUGCAUCUCGGGGUGUGGAUUUUGGCCUGGCUAUGCUCUGGUUUCUGCUGUUCACCCCGUGUUCUUUCGUCUGCUGGUACAGACCACUUUAUGGGGCUUUCAGGAGUGACAGUUCAUUCCGCUUCUUUGUCUUCUUCUUCAUCUACAUUUGUCAGUUUGGGGUUCACGUCCUUCAAACUAUUGGAAUCACCGGCUGGGGGACAUGUGGCUGGAUUGCAGCUCUAACUGGUCUGAACACCAGUAUCCCAGUGGGCAUCAUCAUGCUACUAAUUGCAGCUCUGUUCACUGCAUUGUCUGUGGGUUCGCUCAUUAUGUUCAAAAAGGUGCACGCGCUGUACCGCACCACUGGUGCUAGCUUUGAGAAGGCUCAGCAGGAGUUUGCGACCGGAGUCAUGUCUAACAAGACCGUUCAAAACGCAGCUGCUAAUGCAGCUGCUAAUGCUGCAUCAAAUGCUGCUCGUGGGGCCUUUAAAGCUCAGCCAUAAACGGAAACGCAGACGAGACGCAGUCAAACUUAUACACACACAACGACAACAUUAUGGAGACACACAACUCUGGUCCUGCUGGCUCUCAGAUCAAAUGGGUCACACACAUGAAUGUUUCAUCUGCACAUUGCUCUUCUGAAGUAUGAAGGAAAAGAACAGACACGUGACCAGAGUUGUUUGUCUUCAUCUAAAGUCAAGCUCUAGUAAAGACAUGACAACAUAUCUGCUUUACAGUCAGAGGUCACAUACACAGUGAUUCAAGGUGUGUUUUGUGUGGGGGGGGGUUGUCCCUCACACUUACCUUUGCUUCUCUUGUCCUUCAGUUCCCUUGAGGUGGUCUCAGAUCAGGCAGGACUUCUAGCGUACCUUGUGUUUUUCCAUGGUGAUGACCUCCGAACAGCUUCAGUGUAGACUCAUGAGAAGUUAUAAUCUGAGUAUGGUGGUGUGCGCAUAGUUUUUUUUUUUUUUUAAAUGGCUGAAUCUGUGUGAAUGUUCGCUUCACUUAAAAUAAAAGGUGACUGAUCUAAUUAUUUAUUUUAGUAAUCCAGGAAUUGGACAUUGAAGGUAUGCUAUACCUUAACCAAUAUGUGUGUGCUUUGUAGCAAGACGGUAUAAUUCAUAAAAAAUAGUUUCCUAUAAAUAGGAAUUUGUAUGUUCUUAUUUAAGAACCUGCCCCAAGAUAUUUCUCAGUUGAAUAUCUCUUUCUGCUUUGUGUCCUUUGGUUGGGCUGGUUCAGCAUGAUGGUAAUAAGCAUGUUUAACACACUCGAGCUAAAAAAAUAAAACGUUUGGGGCACCCUUAUUCUCUCCACUUAUCAGGCUACACAGGCAGUUUUGGGGGAAACCUUUGCCGCCUUAUUUUCCCCAAAUUUUCCUGUGAGAAGUGAUCGCAUGUCCUGAAGUUGGUUCAGCUUUCAAAUGAAAUGGCCUGGUGCAUUCAAGCAGAAGUUUAGAAGAUUUUUUUUUGUUUUCUUUUUUUGUAUUUUUAUCAUUAACACACUACUGAAUCUGUGGAUCUCACUGUUUGUUCACAUGUGAUCAAAAACUAACGCUGCUAUUCAUCUGAGCUGUUUGAUCGUGGUCUCCUUGAGUUUAAAAAAAGAAAGACACGCUUCAUACAUGGAGAAAACUGAGCUGCCUUUUCUCACAGGAGACGACCUGGACAUGAUUCAUUUUGUCUCGAGUCCUGUUUACAUGUAAACCAUGAAGGCUAACGGUCCAUUUCCACCCAUGUUUCUCUGUCGGUAUUGGAUUACUGACAUCAGAAACCUUGUAGCCAAAAUAAACAUGAACAACUUGAUGCUCAUUCAGUUUUAUCACAAUGAUGUGUUGUUUUAAAUACACUAAAGUUGUGUAAACUGCUGUCGCUGAAGUGAAAUAUGGGCGUGGGAUUUAUUUUUUGUUACUCAUAGUGAAUGUGAUUGAAGAUGUGCAUGACAGAUGAAUGAUAGCUGGCCCUGCAGUAAUUACAUGAAAUACUCCCCAAACCUGCUAAAAGUUAAAGAUCUCUCGUUCAAUACUAAUAAUCAUUAUUAAAAC